UAUAUAUUUUUCUGUAAUGACAUUUAAAAUUCGAAAAAUGAGAUUCUCAAAAUUCAUUGCAUGCUUUUUGCUAUUUUUUCACCGCAUUGCGCCAUACCUGGUCCAAGGCACCAACUUCUUCUUCGCCCAGCUAAGCCAUCGCCGAAAGUUCGAGGAUGACAACGGUACCAGUGCCUCCGAUUUCCACUAUCUGGUGACGGGCGGCUAUAGGCCGGCAACCAACGAACUGGUCAAGUACGCGGUAUCGGUGCGCGUGGGCGCUGCUAAGGAGUACUUUGGGACAAACCACAUUUGCGGGGGCACCAUCAUCAGCACUCGGGCCAUCCUGACGGCAGCACACUGCAUGUACAGCAGUAGGGGCAGCCUUUACCAGGCCCGAAAGCUUAUGGUUUAUGCCGGCACUCCCAAGAGGCUCGAGCAGGCACCCUCCACUCAGGAAUUGCGGGUCAGACAGAUUUUACCUCAUCCAAAGUACAGAAGCGGCCGCUUGCGGCAUGACAUUGGCCUGAUCCUGCUCAAGGAGGAGAUCACCACCAACGAACAUGCCGCCAUUAUGUCCCUGAACGACAAGUCACCCAGCGCAGGUCUAGCCUGCACCGUUGUGGGCUGGGGCACGGUUAUACAGUUCGGUCCCAGUGCCGAUGAGGCCAUCAAUGGCGAUGUCCAAAUCCUGCCCAACUCCAUAUGUGAGAACCUAUGGAACUUCAAUUCCAAUGGCAUGAUCUGUGCCAAAAAUAGCGACGACAGCGAGGUGGAUAGCUGUCAGGGUGACUCCGGUGGGCCGCUCUUCUGCAACAACAUGGUAGUCGGCGUGGUGUCCUACGGCGAGGGCUGCGGGGAGAAGACCUCGGCUGGGGUAUACACCGAUGUCUAUCAUUAUCGGGAUUGGAUCAAAGCUAACUCAGCCGUGGGGCUGAAAGUGUCCCUCAUGGGUCUGGUGAUGGUGCUUCUCCUGGCCGCCUGAUGAUGAUGAUGAUGAGGAGGCGAAUUCAACAGGUCAAAGCGGUCAAGCAGCGUAUGUAACCUCCAACUCGGCGUCCUCUCACCUGCAGCCUGCAGACGACAAACCCAAAAUUGAGUGAAAAAUAGCGGACAGGACAUGAGCAGGGACAUGGGUACGUGGAUAGCUGCGGUGCACACAUGCAGGCGCCAGCCAACGGUUUAUGGUUGGUUCGUGGAUCCCCCUGUUUGUGACAGCAAUUAUCGCGGGGCUCCUACACACCUGCCUGCAUCAGCCUCCUCCUCCACCUCCUUCUGCACCUGCACAACAGGACAUUAUGCCACAAUUCGUCCUGGUUAAUUUGGUGGACUCGCCAAACUGUUGAUUGUACCAAUUAGGGUAAAGUUUAUGGGCCGAGAAGGCAGGACUAAGCCGGGAUGGAUACUAAAAAGAAAUCAAAGCGGAAACACUGUUGAUUUUGAUGCCAGGAAACGCAAUUAGUAAAGGCAAAGUGUCCUUAGGAAAAGGCAGAAGGAGUAUCCUUUGCAGAUGGCAGAAGGAAACAGCAAACAUUAGACUGGCACAAGAGGAGCUCCUAGCCAGACUCCUCCCUUGCUCCCUGUCCUGACCAGAAAACAAUGUGGAAUUGAUGUAUGAAGCUCCUCAACCACUGGCAAGGACUCCCAGGACAUACAACGCAAUCAGGAUUGUCAUUUCGCAUUCGUAUUGUGUGCCAUUCAAGUGCUCAUAAUGAAUUUAAUCGCGUAUGUUUA